CACUAUUUUCUACCGCUUUUCACUUCGAGCGUGAUUUCUCCUCGGAAUCUUUUGGAUAUUUCUCUGUGAACGACACAAUUUCUCCAUGACAAGAUACUACAGUUCCCUUAGUGAAUAAUUUUCCUCUCUUCUUUCACGAACUUCUUUCCUGGAACAGUUAGAGCAAGAAAGAUUUGUUUUUAAAAAGAUAAAGUCCAGGAAGAGACUUUUAAAGUCACGCUGUUAUACGAGGAAAAAGAUUAUUUAUUAAAGAUUAAAAUAAAAAUAGAAAAGGAAAAAUGUGCUGAAUAAUUUUUUUAAUUUUUUCACGAAAAAAUUCGUGAAUCGAUAUUGUUCUAUUCAGUGAAAGCAAACGUCCACAAAUUUUUUCCAGCUACAUAUAUUUAAGAUAACGAACUAGGAUGAAUUACAACCAAAACAAAAACACUGAACUACUAACGUCUUAAGCGCCAGCGAGCUUCGCAAUCGUCUACAUACAAUGACAUUUAGUUUGUUGUGUUUAACCGCAUAAAACAAAAUAGUAGGAAAAACGCUCAACAUUGUCAUUUUGUCUGAUAAAUAAUUUGUGUUGUUACGGCACGUAAUCAUAUUUGUGGCAUUUCCAGUGCAAUAAUUGAACACAAAUUUAAUGAGUAUUAUAGUUAAAAUUAUAAUUAUAGUUAAAGGUAUAUAAUUAUAGCUAAAAGUUAUGGAAAGAAGAGUUCUGUGUUAAGAAAUUAUAUCAUGAAAUUAUAAGAAAGCUGAUUGAUUAUCCGUGAAGUAGAAGAAGCAUCGAGAGAAUUGUUAAUAUCUUCUGUCAGGACGCUUACAAACAGGAGGUCAUCCUUGUACCAACACUGUCGUCCUUCCCUCGAUAUGCAACGGAGAAUCUGAUACGCGUAAAACCGCAAGCGACUAACGUGCCUAAGACCCGAAGAUUGAAUCGCAAGCGGAUCGAAUCACGAAGAUGGCAGCGACCGAAUGCGUAGAAAAUGGAAAGAGGAAUGAUGACAAAACGUCGGUCGAAGUGGCAUAUAUUUCUAAACUUCGACAAGCAGUACCACAAUGCUGUGCAGUCGGUGCGAAAAAUAUACUCCUGCUUGCCUUUGGUUCAACGUUAGGAUUCUCGACUAUCCUUAUUCCAGCAUUACAAAGGGAAGAUACAGACAUCAAGGUUACUACGGAAGAAUUAACAUGGAUUAGUAGUCUAAACUUAUUUCUCGUGCCGAUCGGUUGUCUCGCGAGCGGACCGUUGUCGCAGUAUCUGGGCAGGAAGCGAACAAUGAUGUUGACAAAUAUCCCUUUCGUGAUUGCCUGGCUGAUAUUUUAUUAUUCUAGCAAUCCUACGAUGUUGUUUACCGCGCUCGCAAUAACAGGUCUGACGGGAGGCCUUUUGGAAGCGCCAGUCUUGACUUAUGUCGCCGAAGUGACUCAGCCUAACUUGCGCGGAAUGCUGUCCGCGACUUCAUCGAUGUCAGUCAUUCUGGGCAUUUUCACGCAAAUGUUGAGCGGUAGUCUGGCCCAUUGGAGAACGGUGGCAAUGAUCAACUUGGUUUAUCCGGUUAUCUGUUUCUUCGCUUUGUCCUUAGUACCCGAGAGUCCACACUGGCUCGCAGCCAAGGGUCGUUUCGCGGAAUCGGAACGCGCUCUCUGCUGGUUACGAGGUUGGACAAGCCCGUCGAAUCCGCAGGUGCAGAACGAAUUUCAAACGAUCUGCGAGACGGUCCAGAAGCCCGCCGACAGCACCGAUUCCGAUAAGAAGGAAAUCUGGCGAUCCUACACCAAACGCACGUUCUACAUGCCCUUUAUCUUGGUGAGCGCGGCCUUCUUCAUCAGCUCGUUCGGCGGCAGCGCGACCCUGCAGACCUUCGCUGUCUUGAUAUUCGCGAAACUCAAGGCACCGAUCGACAAAUACACGGCCACGGUGUUCCUGGGCGUCGCUCAAUUGGUCGGCACCAUAAUCUGCGUUAUGGUGAUACAUUUCUUGGGAAAACGCAAGUUAUCCUUCAUAUCAGUCAGCGGCAGCGGUUUGUGCUUCUUUUUUACUGCCGUCUAUGGUUAUCUGAGUGACAGCGAUUAUUUGGAUGGAGUCAGAUACACCUGGUUGCCGACUACCCUCAUGAUUGGCGCCGCUUUCAUAUCGAACUUCGGAAUCAGAUUGCUGCCUUGGGUCCUGAUAGGCGAAGUGUAUCCGGUCAAGGUACGUAGCAGUGCAACCGGCGCUUCAGGUAUGGUCGGCUACAUUUUAUCAUCGAUCGCGAAUAAAACUUUUCUCUACAUGAUGAACGGCAUAUCGCUAUCCGGAACGUUCAUUUUCAACGCUCUCAUCAAUUUGGCCGGUCUGUGCUUUUUAUACAUGAUGUUACCUGAGACCGAGGGUAGGACCUUAAGGGAGAUCGAAGAGCAUUACGCCGGUGUACAGGAUUUAAAGGACCGGCCUAAACACAAGCAGCACGUCAUUAAGGAGAAGUGGGCGGCCGAGAAUCCGGCGAUCGUACACGACGAAAGUAUAGAGAGUAGAUUGUAAGAUCUAAUAAUUCGCAGAUCUAAUUAGUUAUUGAAUAUUGCAGUUCGAAUAUAUCUUGCUCUUCGCGGAAAUUGUAAUUAUUUCAAGUAUUCUAUUAAUCUAUCGCAUGGAUGAGUUACGCAAAGCGUAAUUGCACAUCUUUUUUUUACAUUAUUAUCUCAAAUAAUAUUUGAAUUUUUUUUUUAAUCGAAUAACGUGUAAUUAAAUGUGCAUUUGCGGUUUAUUUUUUGCUAUGUUUAAUGCGAACGAGAAUUGUCGCGUAAAAAAAGUCUAUUACCGUUCCUCGUAACGAGUCUAUUACCGUUCCUCGUAACGAGUAAUACAAUGUAAAAAUAAAGGAAUUAAUAGAUAUAAGAUUGAUUGAUUGAUUGAAGAAUAAUCUAGCGAAGACAAGAAAAUAGUACGAUUAGACACGUAAAUUAUACAAUUUUUUAAAACAAUUCCAGAAAUAGUUAAAAUAAUAAUGAUAUCUUAAGAUUAGCAGUCUUAUUUAUUCCGUACAAAAAAUUGUAGCUGCCAUAAAGCGUUUUUAUGGAUUAAUAGCGAAAUGCUGGAGAAAAAAACUUAAGAUGUGUUACUGCUUGUAGAAGAUUUUUUUAUUUUGCAAAGACUUUCGUAUUUUAUAGAAAUUAGAUAUAUUACAUUAGAUAUAUAGUCCAUUAUUUAAUAGACAAGUGUGAAAGUCGUGUAAUGUCUAAUGUCAGUAGAAGUUAAGCUUUUAUCGUACUAACGCGAAUACAAUUAUUAUACAUAUCAUAUUCUUCUGUGAUGAUCUUUAAUACUAAACAUAAAAGAUGUAUAUUUCGAUAAAAUCAUGUUUUUUUCUAUUAUAUUUUCUUAUCAACUCGAACAUCUCUCACUCACUAAAUAUUUUAUAUUUGCUCUCCAUAGAAUUAUGAAUUUCGAACAAAGUAGAAUUUUUUUACAAAAAUAUUGUAAAUAUUAAAUUUUAUGCUUUUUUUAAUUUAGAUAAUAAAAAGC